GGGGGCUAGAUAACUUUGUUAAGAGGCUUGGUAGUGAUGCAAAAGUCUAGGAUUGGAGUAAUUUUUUUUGAGCCCAGCCAUGAGGGGGCGGGUGCUGAAGCCCCCUCAGCCCCUGCUGGAUACGCCCCUGCUUUUUAUUGAUUUUUGUCAGUUGUUCAGUUGUUGUUCAGUAGUUUGCUUUGUUGUUGUUGUUCUCAGUAAAAUAAUCUAACACUAUAGCUAGUGCGAACAAGAUCAAUGGGGAUUAUUAUAGCAGCUGUUAGCUGUAUUCAUGUACAUGUACAUUGUACAUGUGCACUUUCUGAGUUUUAGUAUUACAGUAUUAGGGACGAGUCAGGAGUUCAGGACCACACUCUUUCUCAAGCUAUCUAUUCACAGUCCCUUCUCUCAAAGAUGGCUGCUUCAGUGAACUAUAGUAAGGAGAAUCCACAAGAUCCUGUUAAAAGAGAACUAACUACAAGUGAUCAUGGUACCAUUAUGGGACUGAUUGACAAAGAUAUAGCUCCAAAAUAUAAAGAAUUGGCUGUACAGUUCUGUAUCCCUCAGGGCAUAGUAGACACCAUAGCCUACAAUAACAGAAACAACUCAGCAUGGCAUGGACUAAAUGAUGUUGUUGCUGAUUGGCUGAGAGGAAAUACUGAAGUCUAUGAUGAAGGAGUUAAAGCUAAUGUAAGGUGGCUGUAUGAUGCUGUCAGACAAAUUAAGCGUAAGGACCUUGGAACCAAAAUUGCCAAAGAGUUUGGGAUGCCAGAGCCUAGUGAUUCGUCUACUCAAAAAGGUAGUAUUGAAAACAAGAGAUGAUAAAAUAUUCCACAAUCACUUGAUCUUAUUAUCUCAUUUCUGUAGCAGACAAAGGAGCAACUAGUACUGGAAUAGAAGAGACUGAUUCAAAAGAAACACUUGGAAAAUCAAGAGAUGCCCAACAUAAUCCUGAGACAACAGCUGAUGGUAGAGUAGUUACUCUUUGUGAAUAUC